AUGACUGGGCCGACUCACAGACCAGCAACUGCCAGAGAUCCCAGGAAGGCAGAGGAGCUAUUGGCAGCCACAUUCUCGCUGGCAGCUUUCUCCAACCGGGUCCGCCAGCGGUACCUGCAAGGAACCUUGGGGAAGACCCAGGAGCUGGCGGUGCUGUUUGUCAGUAAGAGAGUCGCUGUUAACGAAGGAAUAAACAUGGGCUCCACUGGCGUCCAGAGGACGGAGGCAGCCAGUCCCAGUCCUCCCAGUGCUGACCAGGCAGCUCACCCCCCCCACGCCCCUGCGGAACGUACUGUAGCUUCGGGGUCAAUCCUCCUGCUCCCCCUGCUGCCUCCGAGAGCCUUAGCCAGCCGGCUGCGGAAGACGCAGGAUGUGGACCGACGCGCCAGCCGCAGCCAGGCGAAUCCGUAUGCUCCUUUGAAAUUUGAUCUGAAGAUGGCAGCCAGGGUGCUCUGGGGCAGCCUUAGCCUAUUCCGAGUGCUGUGGUGUCUCCUUCCCCAGACUGGCUACAUACACCCAGAUGAGUUCUUCCAGUCGCCUGAGGUCAUGGCAGAGGACAUCCUGGGCGUGCAGGCUACGCGGCCCUGGGAGUUUUACCCCAGCAGCUCCUGCCGCACGGUGGUCUUCCCACUGCUGACCUCAGGCUUGGCCUUCUGGUUACUCAGGCUCUGGGAAGAGCUGGGACCCUGGCCUGGCCCAGUAAGUGGCUAUGUGUUGCUCGUGGGGCCCCGACUCCUUCUCACGGUUCUUUCCUUUGCCCUGGAUGGGGCCACGUAUAAUCUGGCCCCACUGUGGGGGGCAGAUCGCUGGAACGCCCUGGCUCUACUGUCUGGUUCCUAUGUCACUCUGGUUUUCUACACAAGGACCUUCUCCAACGCCAUCGAGGGACUGCUCUUCACAUGGCUGCUGGCGCUGGUGUCUCCCUAUUUGGCGUGGAGCUCCACACCCAAGAAGCCUGACCCAGGUCCGUGGUGGUACAGCUGGCUACUUGGAGCAAUAGUGGCUGCUGGCUUCUUCAACAGGCCUACCUUUCUAGCCUUUGCUGUGGUCCCACUCUUUCUGUGGGGUGUCCACAGAGUCUUGGAGCCUAACUUCAAGACCCUGACCCGGGAGGCCCUGAGGCUGCUGCCCGGGGCAGCCCUCACUACACUGAUGUUUGUGGCCACCGACAGCUGGUAUUUCUCCAGUUUAUCUAGAUCAAGUAGCCUGGUUCUUACACCUGUCAACUUCUUGCACUACAACCUGGAUCCCCAAAACCUUGCGAGGCACGGCACACAUGCGCGGCUCACUCACCUGGCAGUCAAUGGCUUUCUGCUCUUCGGUGUCCUGCACGCCCGGACACUGCGGGCUGCGUGGGGACAGUUCCAAGUCUGCCUCCGAGCCUUUGCACAGAUGGGUUUCCGGAGGGCGCUGGGUACCCCGAGCCUGCGGUCCAGCCCCAGGUUUUCUCUCCUUCUCCUCUACUUUGUGCCUCUGAUCCUGCUGUCGGCCUUUAGCCACCAAGAGGCUCGGUUCCUCAUCCCCCUCAUCGUCCCUUUAGUCCUUCUUUGCAGUCCACGAACACAACCUGUGCCCUGGAAGGGCACCUUGGUCCUCUUUAAUGCCUUAGGUGGCCUCUUCUUUGGCUGCCUGCAUCAGGGGGGCCUGGUACCUGGCCUGAAGUUCCUAGAGCAGGUGGUCCAUGUGCCUGCGCUCCCAGGCAUGCCUACCCACUACACGCUGCUCUUCACUCACACCUAUAUGCCUCCCAAGCAUCUGCUACACCUCUCAGGUCUGGGGUCACCUGUGGAGGUGGUGGACAUGGGUGGGGCCGAGGACUGGGUCCUGUGCCAAGCUCUGAACAACUUCACCAGGCAGCCAGCCUGCCAAGUGGCUGGCGGGCCUUGGUUCUGCCGCCUCCUUGUGGUAACCCCUGGGACAACCAGGCACGUCCUAGAGAAGUGUCACUUGUCCCUCAAAAAUGAGACACUCAUGUUUCCCCACCUGACCCUGGAGGACCCACCAGCCUUAUCCUCCCUGCUGGUCGGGGCUUGGAAGGACGACCUUAGUCUUCACAUUGCAGAGCUGGAGGAGACGCCUAAUAUGACAAAGCAGCCAGUGCCCAAGAUACAACUGUAGAAAGUGGCACACUGACCCAGGCAGCUGGGUUGGGACAUUGGGACCUCCUUCAGGGAUCUCACGGCUGCUGCUUCUGGCCAUAGCCAUUUGCUGUUCUGCCUUUCGGGUGAGUGCACACUCCUUCCCCGUAGACACCAAAGAUCUGACGAGUCACACUCCCAAUGCCAAGGUCCCCAAAGAAUCCUAGUGUACCAAUGGCGCCUGUAUGUUUCUGCCCUAUUGCUUCCAACCCUUGUAAUGCUUUAAAUAUAUAAUGGCACCUGGUUCUGAAAGACAAUGAGCUGCUGAUAUUCCUGUGACCUCUCCCAAGCCUCCCAUGAUGCCUUAAUUCUUGCUAUCAUGACAGUCUUUUGGCAUCCUAAGGACAGUCUGGCAUCCCACACUUCUGAUAGCAUGAAAAGGAGCAAAGAGGCGGCUCAGAUUCAGGGAUUCCAGUUCUUGUUCCUGACCUGCUCCACACUGCGUUCUAAAAAGCCCCUUCUUACAUGACUGAGUAUGAGUGCCACUCUCCGGCUAGUUUAAGAUUAUCCUCCAGGGAGAUGGCAAUAGACACUGAGAUUCAAAAUUCACCAAGCGAGCUCAACAAUAAAGACUUGUAACAUGCCCUCCAAGGCUCAGGAACUCUGUGGAAGAGGGGCGGGAAGAACGUUAAGAGCCACAGGUUGUGAAGGUGUACUGAGGCAUUGUUGUUCCCCCACCCCAGGGACUGACCAGUGCACUGAGAGCCCUCUGUAGUAUAGAGUGGGGGAAAGGGGCAUCAACAGAUGGGAAUAAGACAAAUGUGCAAUAUAUUCAUAUCUUCAAGUUCUCAAUAAAAAAUU